GAUGGGAUGGGGGGCAAAUAUUGGGAUAGUACUGGCCCCAAAAGCCAUGAGGGCUUGUUCCCUGUGGGGAGAGGGGCACAGAGACAAGGAAUCCUGCAGGACACCCCCGAGGAGCAGGACCCUCCAUCCCACCACAUUUUCCAGCGCUGGGGGUCAGCCAGGCCCGCAGCAGCCGCAGCUGAGCAAGACAGCCCAGAGCCCCCCACUGCACUCCUGCCAGCCCCAUGGGAGCAGCAGCUCAGCCCUCUGCUGCUGCCCAGGGCAUCCCAAGCGUCCUGCAGCGCUGAGCCUGGACACGCUGCUGUGGCCCAGGCUGCCCUGCUGACAGAGCGCUCUCUCGAGGGACUGCCCUGGACUUGUGGGACAUGAUGAUCUCCACACCCCGGCCUCUGAAGAAGAUCUUAAAAGACUCGCGCAGAAGACUCCUGGUCAUAGACUCCAUGUUUCCCGAAGGCGUCAUCAGUGGGUCAGAAAGACCUGACAUGGCAAGAAAAAUACAGUCCCUCCUGCCACAAGUCGUGGGGUUGCUCGACUACAGCAACACAGAAAUGAAAAGGAAAGUCCUGACAUUCUUCUGCAGCGUGAUGGGACACCUGAAGAGGGAAGAGGCUAGACCCACUGUCGAGCAGCUGGAGGAAAAGCUCCUGCCCCUCUUUGAUGAUGAGUCCAGCCAGCUCCGAGAGCUCUCCAUCUGUCUCUUCAGAGAGCGGGUGCAGUCAGUGAUGGCGCACGACAAGACGAGGAUUAAGAGCUACGUGCACCGUGCACUGCUCCCCCUCUUCUUUCGUUUGAACGAUCAGAGCAACAACGUGGCCAAGGCCGCCAGGGAAACCCUCCUUGGUGCAGCAGAGCUCCUGAAAUGGAAGCAGCUCAAACACCUAGUGCGGACUCAGCAGACAUGGAGGAUUGGAGAGAGCUUGCUGGAGCAGAACAGGAGCAGGGCUCAAGAGUUCUUGAGUCAGAGCCUGCCAUACCUGAGGGAUGCUCAGGCCAGCUUGCGAGAGGUGGCCGUGAGGUUCAUCGGGCUGGCUGCGCGGCCCCUGAGGGACCAAAAGGAGGAGGAGAAGCUGGCUGAGAUCUGCAGUGCCCUUCGGCCCUUGGAGAAGGACAGUAAAUCCUUCGUCCGCUCCCUCGCUGCUCAGACCAUUGUCAUCCUGAGCAGUCCAAGGGAGCAGCCACGAUCACGAUGGGCCCUGCAAGCCCUGUGCUGCUGGCGUCACUGACCCAGGUGGAGGAGCAGCUCUGCUUGCGGAAAAAUGGCUGGAUUUUAAUAAAGAGCCCUUCUUGAAGUUGGGUUGGAUGUCUGGCUUUUCCAAGGACCCCAGAACCUCUCUGAUUGCUGUGGCACUUUUGACAGCACAGCCCGGCAUCAUGGGCAAGGGUGACGUAGCAGACAGGAGCACUUGCAAUGAGGUUGUCCAGGGCAGCUGAGAUGGAUCUCACUGGGCCAGUGGGGUUUGUUCCUGGAUUCACACACAGAAAUGUCAGGGUCUGUCAGGCAUCCACAUCUAAGCUGGCAUCCUGGACUCCUUCUGCACCCAGGGAUGUUCAGAGACAGAGUCUGUCCCUUUUACACACAGAGGCAGGAGUUACAGUGUCUGUCUGGCCUUCUGUUGCCACUUCCAAGGGAUGGGAGGCACCUCAGCCCUGUGGUGUGUCACCCUGCUCGGCACUCAUCUGAGAUGUCCCACGCCAUGAGGAAUGGACAUGGGGACAUUGGUUAAAGGAACCACAACCCAGUGCUGAUUUUAGGCAGUUUGCAUGGGAUCUUACUCCCAACUUAUCAGACUUUCUUAGCUAACAUAGUAAUAAAUCUAAACACGAGCUUC